AUGCAAGAAAAUAAAAGCCCCUUGCCUUGUGCAGCCGCACCAUUAAGAAGAGUCACACAGGAAAUGAUUACAGUCAUAGCCAAGGCUAGAGAAGCCGCCGUCAAGAUACAGACGGGGUUUUCCGCCCUAUCCAAACGCCUUAAAGAGUUGGAGGCUACUCAGGACUUUUCAACAAUAGACCAUCCAUUUCCUCUUGCAUCAUAUUCGAAAACACCAAAGCUUAUUGACGCUUAUUUUGCCUGUCUGCGGAAAAAAAAGGCCUUAAAUGGAAAGGUUAAAGGCGCCGCAGGUGGCGGCGCUCAUUUCAACCCCCCACCGACGUCCCAGCUCUAUCAUAACUUGAAUAUCCUGUCUCGUUUGUAUGUAGGCUCCAUUAACUUUGAUCUUUCAGAUGCAGACUUGAAAUCGGCAUUUUCCAUUUUCGGUCCGGUCAAAAACAUCUCGAUGACCAUCGAUCCAGACACUCUCAAUCACAAGGGCUUUUGUUUUGUUGAGUUUGAGACUCCAGAUGGUGCAGCACUUGCACUCGAUACCAUGAACGGCGGCGAUCUUCGAGGCAGGUCGCUGAAGGUCGGCCGUCCAAUGAAUUUCCCACCAGACCUGCCACCAGGCGUUCCAAGGCCACUUGCAAACCGUCUGUACAUCGCCAGUGUGUGCGACUCCAUUUCCGAGGCCGACUUGCGCGAAGUUUUUUCUGCUUUUGGUGUGGUGACGGCCCUUUCGCUGAUUCCGGAUGCCCACGAUCGGCUGCGCCAUAGAGGAUAUGGAUAUGUCGAGUAUUCAGAUGCAUUGAGCGCCCGAACGGCCACAAGCGCCCUGAAAGGAUUUCAAUUGGGGGGCCUUGAGCUGCGUGUUGGAAAAACUACAGUCGGUGGCCCCAUGCCUGGAGGCAUGGCUUCGGCCGAGUCCUGCCCGCCUGCCCUGAUGCCCCAUUGUUCCAAGCCAUCGAAACAGACCGAAAAGGGCAGGCCAGGAAAAGCGCUUCCGCCAGCUGUGCGAGAGGCCUUGAAGAGCAUCGAGGCUGCCUUGGCAAAGAAAUAG